AUGGGAAGAAAGACGAUUUUGCUUCUGAUUGUGGGGGCUCUUGGGGCAUAUUAUGUUUACACACCUCUCCCGGAUAAUAUUGAGGAGCCAUGGAAAUUAAUGUGGGUAACAACGUGUUUAAAAACUAUUACACAUUUGGGUCACUUGGCUGAACUGUUGGGAAUCAGUAAUUCCAUGGACAUUACAGGGUUCUUCAUGAGCAUUCAAGAAGUCCCACCCACAUCUGAUGAAAACGUCACUGUGAUGGAGACAACUUUCAACAAUGUUCCUGUCCGUAUAUAUUUACCAAAACGGAAGUCAGAGACACUAAGAAGAGGCUUAUUUUAUGUUCAUGGUGGUGGUUGGUGUAUGGGAAGUGCUGAUGAUUAUUUCUAUGACCUUCUGUCCAGACGGACAGCAGACAGACUUGAUGCAGUUGUCAUAUCAACCAACUACAGACUAGCCCCGAAGUACCAUUUUCCAGUUCAAUUUGAAGAUGUGUACACUGCAUUAAAAUGGUUCUUAGACCCCCAGAUUCUUGAAAGCUAUGGUGUAGAUCCUGGAAGAAUCGGUGUCUCUGGAGACAGUGCUGGAGGGAAUUUAGCGGCAGCGGUGGCACAGCAGCUCUUAGAAGAUCCAGAUGUCAAGAUCAAGCUCAAGGUCCAAUCUUUAAUAUAUCCUGCCCUUCAGAAUUUUGAUUUCGAUUUACCAUCAUAUCAAGAAAAUGCACAUUAUCCAGUUCUGUCGAAAUCACUCAUGGUCAGAUUCUGGAGUGAAUAUUUUACUACAGAUAGAUCACUUAAGAAAGCAAUGCUUUCCAACCAACACAUUCCUCUGGAAUCAAGCCAUCUGUUCAAAUUUGUUAAUUGGAGUUCUUUGCUUCCUGAGAAGUUUAAGAAAGGCCACGUUUAUAAGACUCCAACUCAUGGUAGUUCAGAGCUGGCUAAAAAAUAUCCAGGGAUUCUAGAUGUGAAAGCUUCACCAUUGCUAGCUGAUGACAGCAAAUUGCGUGGUUUACCCCUGACCUAUGUCAUCACUUGUCAAUAUGAUGUCUUAAGAGAUGAUGGACUCAUGUAUGUUACUCGACUUCAGAAUUCUGGAGUUCGAGUGAUCCAUAACCACCUAGAGGGUGCAUUCCAUGGAACACUUUAUUUUCUUUUUACUAAAGUUGGUUAUAGAGCAGCCGAUCAGUAUAUUAAUUGGCUACAUGAAAACCUGUAG